AUGCUGCACAAGUGGGGGCAGACUGAGAGCCUUGUUGCCCGACAGAAGGAAACGGAGCGUGUUCUCGUUGCCUUGAUGCAGCAGCCCACCGCGCGCCAGGACGGCGGUGUCGGCUGCGGCAGCCACGCCGAACUGCGGAAGACGGUGCAAGACCGCAAUAAGGCGCUGCAGCUGCUGCACACGAUGCAAGUUGAGGGAAACGCCGUGGUGCGGUGGAUGCAUCACAGCAUGCAGCAGCAGUUAGACGCACUGCUGCGUGAAAACACCCGACUGCGUUCCACGCUGCGUGGCGGCGGCACCGUCGCGCACGACGCAGGGAGCGAAGCUGCAGCGCGGGCACACGACGACAGUGAUUUGGCGGCAUCUUCGCCUGCGACAAACCCCACGUGGGGCGGCGGUGACGCUGUGCAAACGGUUCCUGGCUCAGCGGCGACUGUAGCCGCGCUGCAGGCGUCCCUGCUCGCGAGAAGCAGCAGCGGCUGGAGGGGGAGGAACUCUCACACAAAGUUGUCCUGCAGCAUCAGCGCAAUAUUGCGCUGCUGGAGGAGCUCCUUCAGCAGCGGCCGCGCAGCACACACGCCUCCACACGGCCCUUUUUUCUCGCGCCGCCGCCGUCACUGA